CCUUCUCAUUGCUGUUUUUCCAAACCAAAGAUAUUAUCAACCACGCGGACUAUGAUCCUGGAGAGCUGAGCCGCGAGCCGCGAUGGCACCUGUGAGCCGGUGGCGCUGCUGCAAAUUUCGCGUGCCAGAAACGCGUGCGCGAGCACUUGACGCGUGGAUUCUUGCAUUUGGUCACCUUCUCUGCUUUGCAUUCCAAAUUCUGCACUUGCUUUUACCACUCCUAUUAUUUCAGACAUGGCUACAAAGAAGACGCCUGCAGAGGUUCGCCCGCAGUCGCAGUUCUUUUCACCAGCCAAGAGCGCCAAGCUGCGUGCUCUCUCGAUUGCCAGCCUGUCGCUUGAUGCGAGGGCCGAUGCCGCAGCCGAUACGUCGGCUGGUGUUAGUGUCCGCGAUGUGCUGCGCAACAAGCUGCUGGAAAAACAGCAGCUGCUUGAAGACGCCAAAGCGCGUGGUGACGAUGAGUGGGACAACGCCAAGUUUGUGCAGCUGGACCGUGAGACAUCCGAUCACGUAAAAUCACUCAUCCAGCAGAGCGAUGCAAUCAAGCGCGUGCGCAAGGAGCGCAUCUUUGAGGACGAGGUGACUGAGGAGGAGAUGGACAUCAUCAAGCAGCGCGUUGCCCUGCAGCAAAAGCAGUUUGCCGAGUUUGAGCGGCGCGAGUUUGCGCACAAGGCAGAGCGGAUCCGGCAGAUGUACAGCUAUCUGGCGGAUGAGGAGAUUCGCGAGGCGCUGAAGGAGGGGCGCAACGAUGUGGACGAGGUGAUCUACCAAUUCUCGACGCCUGGGUAUCUGAUGAAGCUCCGCAAGGAGAUUGCUCUUCGCCACACGCCUCUGACCCAGACGCCGCAGAUGACUGAUGUGCAGCGCGUAAAGUACGAGGAGCUGCUGAAGAAGCGUACCAAGAUCCAGAAGAAGACAACCACGAGCGAGAACCGUGACAAGUACCGGACCAUUGGCCGGCUGCCGCUGGACGAUGCGCUUGCUCAGCUGCAGCGCGCUGCUGCUGCCAAGAAUGGAUCGGGCAUUGAUCUUAGCAGGGCAAUGAAGGGCUGGUCUGAGGCUCGUAUCAAGGCGUUUAAGGCGAUCAAGACCAAACCAAACACAUACUACUACCGUUUCAAUGCCCCAGGUGAGGAGCAGCGCACUGGCCCAUGGACGCCCGAGGAGCAGAAGCUGUUCCACCAGCGUCUCAAGGAGAUUGGUGCCAACGGCCAGUGGGGCGUGUUUAGUAUGACGAUUCCCGGGCGUGUCGGCUACCAGUGCUCAAACUACUACCGAUACCUGGUCGAGAACCGCCUGAUCCAUGAUCCCAACUAUGUGCUCGACGAGAAAGGCAAAGCACACUACCUGUUCACGACCAAGAAGAAGAACCCCGACGGUACAGCGAUGCGUGUGUUCCGAAAGCACAAGAAGCCGCAUGCAAUCAAUAAUGAUGCAGCUGGCAAAUCUUCAGGUGGAACUGCCGAUGCAUCCCCAACGCCGGCAAGCAGCACCACUGCAUCGGCUAGCACUCGCAAGUCCACCCGGGCAGCCACUGUGGUGCGCAAGCGUAAGCGCCGCGGCCGCUAUGCAGACAACUCAUCCGACGAGGACGUCAUUCGUGCCAAUGACGUUGAGCUCAGCGACGACGCUAACGAUGGCGGUGACACAAGUGAUGGCGAGUACCACGAUUCGUCGUCAUCCAAGCGUCGCCGCGGCCCUAGCAACGAAAGCGACGAGUCAGGAUUCGAGAGCGACGAGGCCGGAGCUGGUGCUGACCCAACAAACCCGCUGCCGGAUCUUAUUGAUCCGAUUACGCUGGAGCCAGUCUGCAAGCCGGCAAUCUCGCCGUAUGGCCAUGUGAUGGGCUACAACAGCUGGGUGCGCUGCCUGAUGUUCCCACCCGAGGGCAGCCAGCGUAACAUCUGCCCGCUAACCAAGAAGCCACUGUCAAAGCGCGACCUUGUUAUUCUCACGUUCGACAACAUCGAGCAGUACCGUGACAAGAUCACAAACCUCUGACAUGCUACUAGCUUGUUGAAUAAAAAGCAUGCUUCCUCAUCGUGCGCAAUUAUCGGAACGUGUAGAAAUAGAAGGCAUUUGCUACCGUGAUGGCGAUGCUGC